AUGGGCGGUCCACCAAAUUCGCAAGCUGUUCCGCUGCCUGGCAAUCUUCCUUUUCGACUUGUCUCAAAGACCAUUGGAUCCGGCGCAUACGCUUCAAUACGAAAGGCCAUACCGAGGAAUGCCUCUGGCCCGGUGAUCGCAGUCAAGUUCAUCAACAAGGAACACGCCUUCAAGGCGGGACGACUACGACCGAAACAGAUCCAGAUCGAGCUCGCCCUACACGCUUCAGUAUGUCCUCACCACAACAUCAUAAAGUUCAUAUCCCAUGGAGACGACCCGGCUUGGGUAUGGAUGGCUCUGGAGCUGGCGGAAGGCGGUGACUUAUUUGACAAGAUUGAGGCCGACGAGGGCGUAGGAGAGGACGUCGCACACUUCUACUUUACACAGCUGGUCAGCGCGAUCAGCUGGUGUCAUGGCAAGGGAGUCGCCCAUCGAGACAUCAAGCCUGAGAACAUGCUGCUCAGUGCCGAGGGAGACCUCAAGCUGGCUGACUUUGGCCUAGCGACGCAGUUUGUGGAACCCAAGACCGGCAAGAGGAAGUUCUGCGGUAUGGUAUGCGGCAGUCCCCCAUACAUCGCUCCUGAGAUCCUGGAGGUAGGACAUGUCAAUCAGAAGCGGAAGAAUGGCGACGAUAAGGUUGGCUACGAUCCGCAGAUUGCCGACGUGUGGUCUUGCGCCAUCGUACUGUUCGUGCUGCUAGUGGGCAAUACCCCGUGGGACUCGCCGGUCAUGGAGGAGAGCGAUGAAUACGACGACUACGUCAAGAGCAAGGGCAGGCCGCAGGAUGAGCUCUGGACCAACAUACCAACUGCCGCGCUGAGUCUAGUGCGCGGCAUGCUGAACAUCGAGUCGAAAGAGCGGAUGACACUGGAGAAUGUGCGCAAACACCCAUGGUUUACGCGAGCGAACGUCCACCUCAACGAGAAGGGCAAGGCCGCGAAUCCCAUGGCGUUGGCCACGCAGAUGCUUGAGUCGCUGCAUAUCGACUUUUCCGCACCAGUCCAAUCCUCACAACGGCAGCGGAAGCCACAUUCCCAAGGCGACCCCAUGGACAUUGACAACAAGCACCUACACCCAGGCUGGACCAACUUCGCAUCCACGCAGCCCGAAACCCCAAUUGCCGACACGCCCUUCGACUGGGAAGCACCACCACGCCCCGGCGCCGGAACCAGCUCCUCCCAGCCCCAGACCGCCCACGAUCGAGUCAACGCCGUCAUGUCAGUGACCAACACCGCCCACCCGCACCUUCCAGACCUCUUCGCCGAAGACCCAACCAUGUCCCAAUUCUCCGCCACCCCCUCGGUGCCACUCACCCUCACCCAAGUCGCGCGCCAGUUCAAGGACAUCGUGCCCGCCCACUCCCUCGCCCGCUUCAUCUCUGCUUUACCGCCCGCGCAGCUCCUCCCGAUGCUCACGUCCGCGCUGCACCGGCUGAAUAUCCCUGUCGCGGUGCCAUCGACGGCCGCGCUCGAGAGUCCCGAUGGGCGUGUAUCCCUGCGGGUCAAGACGCUCGAUGCCAGGCAGCAGCCUCUGCAGGGGAAUGUGAUCGUGGAGAGGGUGGACCUGCCCGGGCAGCAGUACAGCAAUUCGAUGGAGGUGCUGGAGGUGCGGUUUAUGAAGUUGAAGGGGGAUCCGUUGGGGUGGAGGAGGUUGUUCAAGCAGGUGGCGGUGUUGUGUAAGGAUGGGAUUGUGGUGCCUGAUCAGCAGAGGUAG